AUUGAUGUUUGACUUGCAGAGAGCCUUCAAAGGUAACAAGGAAGCCACUAUCUCGUUAUCCAGUAUGGAGAAGGAGUGCAUAGCUGUCGAGGAACAUCAUUAUGUGAAAAACAAAUGUGAAGAGGGGGUCUUAGAAGAAGUGUGUAAUAGCAAGGAGUGGAUAAAUCCCACACAACACUGGGGACUCCUCUUAAUGAAUGGAAUAGAUGUUGAUGAAGAACACUGUAUAUGGAGGUCUGAACAUCUUGAAGAUGAGAGUGUCUGCAUGAACAAUAAGGAGCAAGAAGAUUGUGAAGAUGGACCUAUGGACUUUACGGUAGAUCCCAAGCUAAUGCCUUACUGCCCCAAUCUGCAGAAAAACGAAGCGGCCAAUGACAUAAAGGAAGAAAAUCUCAAAUGUAAAUCUGAAUGGCAGGAUUUUUAUUCAGAUAAAGAGGCUCCUGGAUUAGGAUUCACACCCAGCAGUCACCGUUCCCUACAGCAUCACUUGGUCAAUGAGAAGCCACAAGCUGACAUGAAGAGGUCUGCCAAAGAAUCAGGUUCAAGGCCUCCUGAAGAAGUUUCACAAGACAAGUACAGCUUCAUCUUACCCGCAUUGGCUCAGAUAUCUCCUCAGUACAGAUCUCAACAGACAUCCGGUGAUGAGGAUAUGAAGAAACUGAAAUCUGGAUCAGAGAGUGUGACACCUGCUUCUUUGCACAAUGUUUUUCUGUCAGUGAUGAAUCCACAAAUUCAGAUGCACAAUUUAGACUCAGCCGCCAUCCACCAAGACCAGACGAAAAUGAUUAAAAGCAAACGUGAAACCAGAAAUGAUCAUCUGAGUCAAGCACAACAGAAACUUUACCAGUGUUUAGAAUGUGGCAAACGAUUCACACAAAUAGACACCCUUCACAUCCAUACAAGAAUUCACAGUGCAGAAAAGCCAUAUUGUUGUUCUGAAGGUGGCAAGCAGUUCGCCAGCAAUAAUAGCCUUCAGUACCAUAGAACAAUUCACACUAGAGAGAAGCCAUAUUGUUGUUCUGAAUGUGACAAACAAUUCACCACUGCCUCAUACCUUCAAGUCCACAAAAGAAUUCACACUGGAGAGAAGCCAUAUUGUUGCUCUGAAUGUGGUAAAAGAUUUAACUGCACUAGCAACCUUCAGAAACAUAAAAGAAUUCACACUGGAAUUAAGCCAUAUCAUUGUUCAGAGUGUGGUAAAGGAUUGGUAUCCAGUAAAUCCCUUAAGAAGCACAGAAGGACUCAUACUGGAGAGAAGCCAUAUUGUUGUUCUGAAUGUAACAAACAAUUCACCAGCAAUAUUGGUCUUUACUAUCACAGAAGAGUUCACACUGGAGAAAAGCCUUUUUGUUGUUCUGAAUGUGGCAAACAGUUCACCAGAUAUAGUAGCCUUUGGAAUCACAGAAAAGUUCACACUGGAGAGACACCAUAUUGCUGUUCUGAAUGUGACAAACGAUUCACCACUGCCUCAAACCUUCAACUCCACAAAAGAAUUCAUACUGGAGAGAAGCCAUAUUGUUGCAAUGAAUGUGGCAAACAGUUCCACAGCAAUAGUGGCCUUUUGUAUCACAGAAGAGUUCACACUGGAGAGAAGCCAUAUUGUUGUUCUGAAUGUAACAAACAAUUCACCACUGCCUCAUACCUUCAAGUCCACAAAAGAAUUCACACUGGAGAGACGCCAUAUCGUUGUUCUGAAUGUGGCAAACAGUUCACCAGAUAUAGUAGCCUUUGGAAUCACAGAAAAGUUCACACUGGAGAGACACCAUAUUGCUGUUCUGAAUGUGACAAACUAUUCACCACUGCCUCAAACCUUCGACGCCACAAAAGAGUUCACACUGGAGAGAAAACAUAUUAUUGUUCUGAAUGUGGUAAAGGAUUUAACUUCAUUGAUCAUCUUCAGGAGCACAGUAAAAUUCAUACUGGAGAGAAGCCAUAUUGUUGUUCUGAAUGUGGUAAAAGAUAUACCCAUGCUAGCCAUCUUCUUAGGCACAAAAGAAUUCACACUGGAGAGAAGCCAUAUUGUUGUUCUGAAUGUGGUAAACAGUUCACCAGCAGUGAAGGCCUUCGGUACCACAAAAGAUUUCACACUGGAGAAAAGACAUUUUGGUGUUCCGAAUGUAGUAAAAGAUUUACCAGGGCUAGCAUCUUUCAAAGGCACAUAAGAAUUCAUACCAAUUCAGUAAAACUCUACUGUCCAAGCCCGCCAUCACUUUAUUCUGGCAGGUCCCAUUCCUCAUCACAAGGCACAGCCGCCACACGUAUGUUUGUGUGCCAUUUCUAUAAAGCUCUGCCGAUGAUAAAAGCCAUCCCGCUAUCAGAAGCGCUGCAGCAUGAACCUCCACUGCACUCCUACGACAUUCCAGGGAAAUAUAACUGUGAAGAGGAGGUCUCAGAAGAAGCGUGCAAUGUCAAGGAUGAGAAAUAUCUGAGACGGAACUGGGGGCUCCUCUUAAUGAAUGGCAUAGAAGUUGAUGAAGAGUACUGCAUAUGGGGGUCUGAUCAUCCUGAAGAGGAAAGUGUCAGCAUCAAAGAGGAGGAGGAUUGUGAUAGUGGACCUAUAGACUUUACAGUAGAUUGGGGUUUCCUUUUAACGAACUGCAUAGAUGUAGAUAAGCAGCACAAUAAAAGGGGGUCUGAACAUCUUGAACAUGAAAGUGUCUGCAUAAAGGAGGAGAAGGAGGAUUGUGAUAGUGUACCUAAAAGCUUUACAGUGGACUCUGAGCCAGUGUCUUACAUCAGUGAUGUGCAGAAAUAUACACGUGAAGAGGGGGUCUCAGAAGAAGCGUGCAUGGUCAAGGAGGAGACAAAUCCCACAAGCCACUGGGGUCUCCAGUUAAAGAAUGGUGCAGAUGUUGAUGAAGAGUACAGUAAAUCGGGGUCUGAACAUCUUGAAUAUGAAAGUGUCUGCAUAAAGGAGGAGAAGGAGGAUUGUGAUAGUGUACCUAAAAGCUUUACAGUGGACUCUGAGCCAAUGUCUUACAUCAGUGAUUUAAAGAAUGGUGCAGAUGUUGAUGAAGAGUACAGUAAAUCGGGGUCUGAACAUCUUGAACAUGAAAGUGUCUGCAUAAAGGAGGAGAAGGAGGAUUGUGAUAGUGUACCUAAAAGCUUUACAGUGGACUCUGAGCCAAUGUCUUACAUCAGUGAUGUGCAGAAAUAUACACGUGAAGAGGGGGUCUCAGAAGAAGCGUGCAUGGUCAAGGAGGAGACAAAUCCCACAAGCCACUGGGGUCUCCAGUUAAAGAAUGGUGCAGAUGUUGAUGAAGAGUACAGUAAAUCGGGGUCUGAACAUCUUGAACAUGAAAGUGUCUGCAUAAAGGAGGAGAAGGAGGAUUGUGAUAGUGUACCUAAAAGCUUUACAGUGGACUCUGAGCCAAUGUCUUACAUCAGUGAUGUGCAGAAAUAUACACGUGAAGAGGGGGUCUCAGAAGAAGUGUACAUGGUCAAGGAGGAGACAAAUCCCACAAGCCACUGGGGUCAGAUGUUGAUGAAGAGUACAGAGAAGAAGGAUUGUGAUAGUGUACCUAAAAGCUUUACAGUGGACUCCGAGCCAAUGUCUUACAUCAGUGAUUUGCAGAAAUAUACACGUGAAGAGGGGGUCUCAGAAGAAGCGUGCAUGGUCAAGGAGGAAACAAAUCCCACAAGCCACUGGGGUCUCCAGUUAAAGAAUGGCACAGAUGUUGAUGAAGAGCACAGUAAAUGGGGGUCUGAACAUCUUGAACAUGAAAGUGUCUGCAUAAAGGAGGAGAAGGAGGAUUGUGAUAGUGUACCUAAAAGCUUUACAGUGGACUCUGAGCCAAUGUCUUACAUCAGUGAUGUGCAGAAAUAUACACGUGAAGAGGGGGUCUCAGAAGAAGCGUGCAUGGUCAAGGAGGAGACAAAUCCCACAAGCCACUGGGGUCUCCAGUUAAAGAAUGGCACAGAUGUUGAUGAAGAGCACAGUAAAUGGGGGUCUGAACAUCUUGAACAGGCAAGUGUUUGCAUAAAGGAGGAGGAGAAGGAGGAUUGUUAUAGUGGACCUACCUCUAUAGGCUUUACAGUAGACUCUGAGCUAAUGUCUUACAUCAGCAAUGAACAGGAAAACAAAACUGUCAGUGGCAUAAAGGAAGAAGACCUCAUAUAUGAGUCUGACUGGCAGGGUUUUUACCGACAUGAAGAGCCUCCUGGAUUGGGAUUCACCCCCAGUAGACACUGCUCCAUACAGCAACAUUCUAUAAAUGUGAAGCUGGAAUCUGUGAUGAAGAAGACUACAAAAGCACCGGGUUCAAGUCCUUCAGGAGAAGCUUCACAAGACAAUGGCAGCUUCCCCUCAUCUUCAUUGGCUCAGACGGCUCUUCAGUGCACGUCACAACAUGCAACAAAUGAAGAAAAUUUAAAGAAACUUACAUCUGGAUCAGAGCAUGAGACAUCAGAUUCUAUGCACAAUGAUUCUCAACCGGUAAUGAAACUAACGACACUAAGUGCCACCACCAGUCAAUUCAACUCGGACUCAAACAGUGUCCACCAUGAGCAGACAAAAAGGUUUAAAAGCAGCUCUCAUUCCAGGGAUGGAAAUCAGAGUCAAACACAGCAGAAGCUGUACCAAUGUUCUGAAUGUGACAAGCAGUUCAGACACAAAAAAAGCCUUAACAGACACAGAAUGAUUCACAGUGCAGAGAAGCCAUAUUGCUGUUCUGAAUGUGGAAAACAGUUCAGACACAAAAAAAGCCUUUACUAUCACAGAAUGAUUCACAGUGGAGAGAAGCCAUAUGUUUGUUCUGAAUGUGGAAAAAAGUUCACCAGCAGUAGCGCUCUCUGUUCCCACACAAGAAUUCACACUGGAGAGAAGCCAUAUUGCUGUUCUGAAUGUGGUAAACGAUUUACACAAAUGACCAAUCUCUGCACCCACAAAAGGACUCACACUGGAGAGAAGCCAUAUGUUUGUUCUGAAUGUGGAAAAAAGUUCACCAGCAGUAGCGCUCUCCGCUCCCACACAAGAAUUCACACUGGAGAGAAGCCAUAUGUUUGUUCUGAAUGUGGUAAACGAUUUACACAAAUGAGCCAUCUCCACUCCCACACAAGAAUUCACACUGGAGAGAAGCCAUAUUGCUGUUCUAAAUGUGGCAAGCAGUUCAGACACAAAAAAAGCCUUAACAGACACAGAAUGAUUCACGGUGGAGAGAAGCCAUAUGUUUGUUCUGAAUGUGGAAAAAAGUUCACCAGCAGUAACGCUCUCUGCUCCCACACAAGAAUUCACACUGGAGAGAAGCCAUAUGUUUGUUCUGAAUGUGGAAAAUUGUUCACCAAAAGGAAUACUCUUCAGAGACACAUUAGAAUCCACACAGGAGAAAAAUCAUAUUGCUGUAAUGAAUGUGGCAAACAAUUCCAUUAUGGCAGUAAUCUUCGCAGGCAUAUUAAAUUUCACACUGGAGAGAAGCCAUACUGCUGUGAUGAAUGUGACAAACGAUUCUGUAGCAGGCAAAAUCUUCAGAGCCACAAAAGAAUUCACACCGGAGAGAAGCCAUAUUGCUGUAAUGAAUGUGGAAAACAAUUCCGUGGCAGGGGUAGUCUUCAUACCCACAAAAGAAUUCACACAGGAGAGAAGCCAUAUUGUUGUUCUGAAUGUGGCAAGGCAUUCUCACGAAUGAAAUAUCUUCAGAGCCACGAAAGACUUCACCUAGGAGAAAAGCCUUAUUGUUGUUCUGAUUGUGGCAAACAAUUUGUGCAUAUGCACAGUCUUAAGAGACACUGUACAGUCCACACAGGAAGAAAGGAAGAAACCUUGAAGAAGUAAGUUGGCAGGUGAAGAAGGAAGAAAUGGGAGGAAGGAGUGAAAUGUCAUCUUUCUAAAUACUGAAGUCUUGAAUAAAUACUGCCACGUGGUGGGGUUUAAUGUGCAAGAUUCAUAACAAGGAUGUGUAAAAGUAAUUUAUAGUUGUUGUUAAUUUCCCUUGGAUAAAAAGGUGCCCACCCUAUGCCCGGACAUUCUGGUCCAGAUGAACGGUGUCACUGGCCCCACCAGAGUGGAAAUGAUCAGACCACAAAAUGGAACUUGAGCAAGAAAUUAAGAGGACAGGACACAGUCCAGGGUCAGUAGAAGAUAAAGAGGACGUCAUAUACUGCUGCUUUAAUUCAACAAAUCCAGCAUUUCCAAAUAAAGGAUAUGGAAGGACUUGCACAAAACUGGAGUUCCAAAAAGUAAUCUCUAUGUACAAUGUGUAUUAUUGUGGACAUUUCUUUGUUUUUUUAUUUUGGUUCUCUUAUUUUACAGAGUGAUAGUUAACUAUGAUUACCAGAAGAAUCUGCUUUAUAGCACCCCCAUGUGUAGAGCUUUACCUGUAUUUGGACAGUGAUCUUAAGCAAAAUGAGACUUAAUGGGGAAAUGCCAAGAAAUAUUUUUAAAGGAUGUUACACAGGGACACCCUGGAAGUGACUACAGCACCAGGAAAAAAGGAAAUAGAAAUAUUUUGGAGAAUCAUAAUCGAGGAUACUCAAGAAUACAAUAAAGAUGCAGACUGGCUUAGCAAACAAUAGAGAUAGUCCAAGCAAAUGGGGAAAUUAAAGAAAUGUGAUGACCUUGGGUGUCAAUUGAAGAAACGGAAACCAGGCUACUAACUGGAAGACACCCAAUUGAGAUGAUAUACCCACUGUCUGGCUCAGACAACUAAGAGCACUGCACCAGAAUACAGCUGAGUGAAAAAAACAUGUUAAUGUAACAUCUGAAUAUGACGCCACAGCGACUCACCACAGGAACGACAUUCCUACUUUCAACAUCCAAGUAAACCGACACACCAAAAAGCUACCAUCCUAUAACCUGCCUCUCCACCAUACAUAAGCUCUUCGCAGCGGUAGACGGAAAUUAAAUUUACAGUCACCCGGAUCAAAAUAUCGUAAAUGCAGCAGAAGAAAAGGGUAAACAAAAUGAGGUCAUAUGGCACAAAAUCUAAUGUUAAACAAAGUACUUAUGGAGUGCUGCAAGAAGGGCCAACACCUGAAUAUGGCAUGAAUCAAUUAAAAAAAAAUGCCUUUGAUAAUAUACUACAAACCUGGAUCCUUAAAUGCUUGGAAGUGUAUAAAGUCCACCCUGCUCUCAUAAGUUUCAUCACAAUUGCUCUGCACCAUUAACAGGAAAUCCUGCGGCUUCAUGCCAAAGGCUGGAUCACAACCCCUAAUAUACAGUCCAGGGGUGCCGAUAAUUUCGGCCAUGAAUUUUCCCAGAAAAUGCACCAUUUCUCCCAGAAAAUUGUUGCAAUU